GGGCGGGGCUAACAGACCGAAGCGCGGUGGCGGUGAGCUGCGCGGUGCUUUGGCUGAUCUUGCUGCUCCACUCAUCGGAUUGGGAUUCGCUGCGAUAUCCGCUGUAAAGAUGUCCGACGACGAACAGCAAGAGCAGACCAUCGCCGAAGACUUGGUUGUGACCAAGUAUAAGAUGGGCGGUGACAUUGCUAACCAGGCACUGCGUGUGGUCAUCGAGUCGGCGAAGCCCGGCGUGUCUGUCCUCAGUCUGUGUGAGAAAGGAGAUGCUUAUAUUAUGGCAGAGACCGGGAAAGUCUUCAAGAAGGAGAAGGACAUGAAGAAAGGCAUUGCGUUCCCCACCAGCGUGUCAGUCAAUAACUGUGUAUGCCACUUCUCUCCCUUGAAGAGCGACCCUGACUACACGCUUAAAGACGGAGACUUGGUCAAAAUUGACCUGGGAGUACAUGUCGAUGGCUUUAUCUCCAAUGUGGCGCAUAGCUUUGUUGUUGGGGCCAGUAAGGAAGCACCUGUGACCGGUAGGAAAGCUGAUGUCAUCAAAGCUGCCUACUUGUGUGCAGAAGCAGCACUGCGUCUUGUAAAACCUGGUAACCAAAACACGCAGGUGACUGAGGUGUGGAACAAGAUCUCUCACGCUUUCAAAUGCAAUCCAAUCGAAGGUAUGCUGUCCCACCAGUUAAAGCAACACAUUAUUGAUGGGGAGAAGACGAUCAUCCAAAACCCUACAGACCAGCAGAAGAAGGACCAUGAGAAAGUGGACUUUGAGGUCCAUGAGGUGUAUGCUGUAGAUGUACUGAUCAGUACAGGGGAAGGGAAGACAAGAGACGGAGGACAGAGGACCACCAUCUACAAGCGGGACCCCAGUAAACAAUAUGGCCUGAAAAUGAAGACCUCUAGAAUAUUCUUCAGUGAGGUGGAGAGACGUUUUGAUGCCAUGCCCUUUACUCUCAGGGCAUUUGAAGAUGAGGGGAAGGCCCGUUUGGGAGUGGUCGAGUGUGCCAAACAUGAGCUACUGCAGCCCUUCAGCGUACUCAGUGAAAAAGAGGGAGAGUUUGUGGCCCAGUUUAAGUUCACAGUAUUACUGAUGGCCAAUGGGCCUUUGAGAAUCACCAGCGGACCAUUCGAACCUGAACUCUACAAAUCUGAGUAUGACGUUCAGGAUCCUGAGCUGAAGUCUCUGAUACAGAGCUCUGCAAGUCGUAAAGCACAGAAGAAGAAGAAAAAGAAGGUGAGGCCUUUAGCUUCCAAGAAUGCAGAAAAUGCUACAGGGCAGCAAGCAGAGAAUGAAGUUGCAGCUGAAUAGUUACGCUACACUCCAAACAACAAUACAUAUUCUGACAAAUUUCUAGCUCCUAAAAAUGUAAAACCUAAAUUUUCAAUUAAACCGUUGUCAAUUGAAACCUGUGACAAAAAGCCAUCCAUAGUAGGUGUGAUUUGGAAAUAGACAAAAUUGAAAUUGGUCUGACAGACAAUGACUUUGUACUGAUUUGUACUGAUCUAUUGUCACUUAUCUUUUUGAAGCACUAGGUUUACACUGAACUGAAACAUGACACCUUUUGGAAAUGAAAUUGAUUAAACAAAGCAGUUCUUUUUGUAGUA